GUCACUAUGACCUGGCUUCGCACGACGCUCCUCGCGUUCAGCUUGUCAGCACCGGCCUUGGGCCAGGUGUUCGACCUCUCGCAGCUCUCAUGGACGCUCAAAAAUCAGAAUGGAAGCAUCGCCAUACCAGGGUCGCUGCCUUCGCAGGCGCAUCUCGACUUACUCAAGGCAGGGAUCAUCACGGAGCCACUACUGGGUAUCAACGACUACACCCAGAGGUGGAUCAUCUAUGACAACUGGACCUAUACUGCCGACCUGUCGAGUGUUAUCAAUGGCCAAAGCACUAACUCUGGUUCAAGCGACACGACGUUGCUCGUGUUCUACGGCAUCGACACCGUUGCAAACAUCACAUUUGCAGGUCAUCCCGUUGCGUGGGUCGACAAUCAAUUCAAGCGCUAUGUCUUCGACGUUUCUGGCUACCUAGAGUCUCCAGCUGGAGACGACAAGAAUCUUACGAUCGCCCUCGAGUCUGCUUGGUAUUACGGCCUCAACGUCACGUCGCGCCCCGAUGCGGAGUACUUCCCGAACAACGCGAACGCAACAACCUCGGACGACUAUGAGGUUCCUAGUGUACGUCAGUGGAUUCGCAAGAUAGAUGACGACUUUGGAUGGGAUUGGGGCCCUGCCUUUGUUCCCACCGGCGUCCACAAGCCCGCAUAUCUGGUGACUCUCGCGAACGCCAGUAACCCCACGUCGCCCUCCACACCUACUCCUGAGCAGCCCUUCCCUUCAACUCCGGGUACCGGCUCGCCCUACAUUGGCGAAACCAUCUUCCUAGAUGAAACGUCUGUAGACAUUUACAAAGUCGGGCAGAACGGUACUGCGCCGCCUGACGAAUCUGCAGACUGGGUUCUCAACGUCACAUUUGGCCUGCGUUCGACGACCGCCUACCAAAAUCCGACAGUAACACUCUCGCUCCCCGAACUCGAGCUCACCUCGCAGCCUCUCGACCUCGACGCUAUCCCGGCGCAAGUCGGCGACGUCACGUACAGGAGCGUCAACUGGACGAUCCCAGACGCGAAGCCGGAGCGGUGGUAUCCUGCUGACCUCGGCACGCCCAAGCUAUACAAUCUCACCGUCACGUUCACACUCUCCGGUUCCAGCUCCUCAUCGUCGUCCGACAACGCAACCACGCUGACACAGACCAUCCGCACCGGCUUCCGCACCAUCUUCCUCGCGCAGACGGCCUACAGCGACACUGACAUCGCACAGCGCGGCAUCACACCGGGCGACCAGUGGCACUUCGCCAUCAACGGCCAGCCGUUCUACGCCAAGGGCACGAACAUCAUCCCGUUCGACCCGUUCUACUCACGCAUCUCGCCCGCCAAGGCGCGCUGGGUGCUCGAGAGCGCCGUCGCGUCCGGGCAGAACAUGCUCCGCGUGUGGGGCGGUGGUGCGUAUCAGCCGUCGGAUGCGCAGACGGACGGGGGCGUGUAUGAUUUUUAUUCGGCGUGCGAUGAGCUGGGCAUUUUGGCGUGGAGCGAGCUGAUUUUCAGUGAUACGCUGUAUCCCAUUAAUGAUUGGUACUUGGAGAAUGUGGAGGGCGAAGUGAGGCAGAAUGUGCGGAGGGUGAACCGGCACCCGAGUAAUGUGCAGUGGGCGGGCGGGAAUGAGAUCGAGGGGAUUGUGAUGCAAGCGAAUACGUCGCUUGCAAACGGGACUCAUUAUUUGGAUGAGUUUGUGGCGUUGUUCCAGGAUUACCUACAUGACAUCGUUGUGUCUGAGACGAAAUCGGUCCCUUAUACGGACUGUUCUACGACGCAUGGCGUCCUCAGCCUUGAUCCAUACGUCCUUCGAUUUGCAAACGGGACAGAAGGCUACAUCUACGGUAACAGUGAACGGUACAACUACGACCCCACCCAGGCGUUCAACCUCAGCACCUAUCCGGUCUCCCGGUUUGUGAACGAAUUCGGCUUCCACUCCCUCCCCUCCUUCUAUAGCUGGGAGGAAGUCCUUGAGUCACCCGACGACUUCUCCUUAAACUCGACGGUCGUCAUGUCGCGGGACCACCACCCGCCCGCCGGCAACCUCUCCUUCCCGAACCCGAACGCGCCGCAAGGCCAGUACCAGAUGUCCUCCGCCGUGGAACUCUGGCUCCCCACGCCGAACACAUCCGACUCGAAUCAGACAUUCGCGCAGUGGUGCUACAGCACCCAGGUCUUCCAGUCGAUGAACAUGAUCGCCGAGAUCGCAUGGUACAGGCGCGGCGCGGGGCUGGGCGAGAACAACCUCGGGAGCCUCGUCUGGCAGCUGAACGACAUCUGGCAGGGCGUCUCGUGGAGUGCGAUCGAGUACUCGGGGCGCUGGAAGGUGCUCAACUACGGGCUGGCGGGCGUGUACGCGCCCGUGAUCGUCAGCCCGUUCUGGUUCCCCGAGAACGAGACGCUGACGGUGCUCGCGACGAGCGAUCGGUGGGAGAGCGUGAACGCGAGCGCGCAGAUGACGUGGUAUGAUUGGAGCGGGAAGGUGCUGAAUUCGACGACGAGGAGUGUGGAGAUUCCGAGUUUGAAUAACUCGUUGGUGUUUGAGGGGACGGGGCUGAGCUCGAUCCUUCCGCAGGGCGCGAACGCGUCGGACGUGUGGUUGCUGCUGAAUGUGACGGCGACUGUGGAUAACAAGACGGUUACGAAUGAGCAAUAUUUCACCCCUGCCUCACUUGCCGAUGCCAAGCUCGUCGACCCGCAAAUAUCUAUGACGUCUAGCUCAAACCUCACUUUCACACUCUCUGCCAAGGGUGGUGUCGCACCUUGGACAUGGAUCGACCACCCGGCUGGCACGGUCGGGUACUUUGUCGACGCUGCGACUGAGCGCCCAUCAAACGGCUUCUACCUCAUUCCCGGUCUUGACCGCACUUUGCAAUUUAUGAUGAGCAAGGAGACCUCGAGCAACUCGAUUCCGGAGCCGAGCGACUUCGUGGUGAGGUCAUUGUGGAAUAACACGCAUGCAUAG